GCUGUUGUUGGGAAAUAGUCGAAUUGUUCGAGGGAUUUAGAGGCGAGUCAAUACAUCAAUUGCUCCACGAUUUUUCGAUUUUUCGAUCACCUUCCCAGGCGAGCAUAGUAUCUGGAUGGUCUUGGGCUGGAUUUUAUUUUUGUUGUAAAAAUUUACAUGAAAUUGGAGCAUGAUGAUGAUGGGCGCCAGCAGCUAUUCUUCGGGAAAAGGAGCCAUGGAUUCAAAUGGGUCUAUCUACAUUUCUAACUUGCCCCCUGGCACUGAUGAACAAAUGCUUGCUGAAUACUUUGGCACUAUUGGAUUGCUUAAGAAAGACAAACGAACUGGUAGACCGAAAAUAUGGUUAUACCGAGACAAGAUGACAAAUGAGCCAAAGGGAGAUGCUACAGUGACAUAUGAGGAUCCUCAUGCUGCACUAGCUGCUGUUGAAUGGUUUAACAACAAGGAUUUUCAUGGAACAACGAUUGGGGUUUUUAUAGCUGAGUCAAAGAGCAAAGAUGAUCACUCGUAUAACUCAGGAAACCAUGACCAUGUUGGAGAUCCAAGUUUGGCUAGUGAUUUUGGUGGUGAGCUGGAGGAAAGUGCUACCGAGGAUAUGAAUGGAGGCGGAGCUGGUGGCGGAAGAGGUAGAGGACGGGGUGAUGCUUCAGGGAAAGCAUGGCAACAAGAGGGAGACUGGCCGUGUCCUAAUACAAGUUGUUCGAAUGUAAACUUUGCGUUUCGUGGUGUGUGCAACCGUUGUGGAAGUGCGCGACCUGCUGGUGGCUCUGGCAGUGGAGCUGGUGCAGGUGCUGGUGGUCGGGGAAGGGGCCGAGGUAACCCUGAUUCAGUUGGCCAAGGUCGACCAAUUGGUGCUGGUCCACCAUGUCUUUUUGGUCCAAAUGAUUGGCCUUGCCCUAUGUGUGGCAAUAUUAACUGGGCAAAACGCACAAAAUGCAACAUAUGUAACACUAACAAACCUGGUCACAAUGAAGGCGGUGUGAGAGGAGGUCGGGGGGGUGGUUACAAAGAACUUGAUGAAGAGGAAAUAGAGGAAACUAGAAGACGCAGGCGGGAGGCUGAAGAAGAUGAUGGUGAACUAUAUGAUGAGUUUGGCAAUCUCAAGAAGAAAUUUCGUGCUAAAACACAACAAGCUGAACCUGGUCAGGCAGUUCCUGGUGCUGGGCGUGCAGGAUGGGAGGUUGAGGAACUAGUGACAACAGGGGUGAGUGACAGAGAAAGAAGCAGAGACAGGGGAAGGGAGAGAGAUGAGAGGGGAAGCAGCAAGAAUCGAGAUCGAGAUGACAGGGAUAGGCGCCGGAGCAAAAGUCGAGAGAGAGACAGGGGAAAAGAUCGAGAACGAGACUACGAUUAUGGUCGAGACAGAGAAUAUGGGCGGGAUAGAGACCGUGAUCGGGACAGGAACAGGUAUCGUCAUUGACGAUGGUACCGAAGUGUCUGAGUACUGUUUCAAUUUUCAAACAAUUCAAGUUUCCCAGAUGUUUUUGGGUGGUGUGUGUCUCGGGGGAGGGAUGGCGCUUGAUUUGAACUGCAGUCUGCGAUCGUUUUUAGUUUGGUUUCUCAGACUCUUCUUUCUGUAUUUCAUUUUUCUGGAUAGUUUGAUUGGUUUUGUCAUUCAAGGUUUCUUGUUAUCCGUAAUGCUAUAUUGUUGUUGCAGGCUUGGGAUGGAGAAGAGUAAUUUUGUUUUUUGUUUUUUUAAGGGAAAAAUUUGGUUAUCUAUCUGUGUACAAAUUGAAUUGAUUCGACA